AUGGAAGAACAACCUAUUGGCCACGAUGGGGAUGAAAACACAAUGACUAUGAAUGCAGAUGCAAAUCGUGCUGCCGAAGGGGCCGAAUCUCAUGCUUGGGCUGCAAAGCAAAUGGCAUGGGAGGAAGGAGUGGACAAUGAAGAACUCGAGCAGCAGCUAUACAGCAGUCUUCAAGUGCAAUCGGGCAUCAAUUUCGCUGAAUACGCAAUCAUUGACGUCCGUGUCAAAGGAGAUGACAUUCCUGACAAGAUUGAUGAAUUCUCCCAAAUGAAAAUGGACAAGCUCAUGCUUGAAAACAUACAAAGGUGCAAGUACGACAAACCCACUCCAAUCCAAAAGUAUGCCUUGCCUAUUAUCAAUGAGAGAAGAGACCUCGUAGCAUGCGCACAAACCGGAUCUGGAAAGACUGCUGGAUUCCUCAUUCCCAUCAUCAACAAGAUGUUGUUGAAAGGACAAAAGAAGAUGGGAGCUGGAUGCAUUAUUACUCCUGGAAUGCGAUACUCAACUGCAGCUCCGGUUGCACUGGUUGUCGUCCCAACUCGUGAAUUGGCCAUCCAAAUCUUCAACGAGGCUCGCAAGUUUGCCUACAAAACUUGGGUCAGGCCUCGAGCUAUCUAUGGUGGUGCCAACAGCAAGACUCUUAAAGAAGAGCUCGCUUCAGGCUGUGACUUGUUGGUUGCAACAACUGGCAAGCUCAAGGACUUUUUAUCAAAGGAUGUAGUUAGGCUUACCAAGGUCAAGUUUCUUGUUAUUGACGAAGCUGAUCGCAUGCUCGAACUCGGUUUCCAAGAAGACUUGGAAGAGAUCGUGCUCAGGUCUGGAAUGCCAAGAGACGAUCUGACCACUGCAAUGUUUUCAGCAACUUGGCCAAAAGAAAUUCGAUCCUUGACUGCUCAAUUCCUUAUUGAUCCACUUGCAGUCACUGUUGGUGCAGUUGGUCGAGUUCCUACUGACAUUGAUCAAGUCGUCAUGCUUGUCGAAGAUGUCGAUAAGCGUAAUGAGCUCUUGAACUUGUUCACUGAAGAAAUGGAUGGACUUGCCCUGAUCUUUGUUGCUACAAAGAUGGGUGCUGAUUCUCUCGACGAUUGGCUCUAUAAGCAAGAUAUACCCGUCACAUCUAUUCAUUCUGGUCGAACUAUGGAAGAGCGGGAGAAUGCAAUGAAAGCGUUUCGCCAAAACAAGACACCCAUCAUGAUUGCUACAGAUAUUGCAGCUCGUGGUUUGGAUAUUCCCAAUGUCACUCGAGUUAUCAACUUUGAUAUGCCAAAGACUAUUGACGAGUACAUUCAUCGUAUUGGUCGAACUGCUCGAGUUGGAAAUCGUGGAACUGCCAUCUCGUUUUACAAUGAUGGUGACGUUGAAAUCGCACACGAUCUUGCCAAGCUCUUGAAGUCGUGUGGGCAAGCACAUCCAGAGUUUCUUCCACAAAUUGAAGAAGGCGAUGAUUCUAAACUUCAAGAAGAUCUCGCUCUGGAGGACUUGAAACAAUCUGAAGAAGUCGGAGCCAGUGGAAACGGUGGUGCUGAUGCUGGCGGUGGAUGGGGCUCAAAUGCAGGUGGUGGUGGCAGAUGGGGAAAUGCUGGAAGCGAAGCCAAUGGUGAAGCAUCAACUGGAGGAGGAGAUUCAUGGGGUGGUGGUGGCAACACUGCUACUCCGGCUGCUUCUUCAGGAGGAGGUUGGGGUCAAAGCACAGGAGCUGCUGCUCCUCCAAGUUCUUGGUAA